UGAAAGGAGGAAGCAGAGCCAGCGACCCAGGGAAGCCUCUGCUCAUGCACCCGGGGCAAAGGGGACAGGAGAGGCUCUGGUCACCCUGUCCGACGUCUCCUUGGAGCUGUAAACUGCAGACAGGACCCUGGCCCGGGCAGAAAAGGGCGCUAUGCUCUCACCACUCCUGCCCCUGCUUUGCCUCGGGCUGUGCCUGGGCCGUGAAGAUGCGAAAACGAAUGAGAAGCUUCCCAAGCCCUCACUCAGCGCCCGGCCCAGCACGGUGGUUGAACGCGGGAGCAACCUGAGUCUGCAGUGUGAGUCCCAGUUCCACAACGCCACGUUCCUGCUGGAGAAGUCGCCCGACUCCGGGGACAAGCGAGAGCAGAGCUCGGCAGGAAACGCGGCCGAAUUCCGCCUCACCGACCUGGAGCCCAAGGACGCCGGGAGGUACUUCUGUGCCUACAGGACAGCCUCCCACGAGUGGUCAGAGAAGAGUGACCACGUAGAGCUGGUGGUCACAGGGUCCCUCAUGAAACCUUCCCUCUUACUCAACAAAGACUCUGAGAUGACUCCAGGUCGCUGGACACUCCGAUGUCUGGUUCCAUACAAUGGAACUGACUGUACUGCAAUUGCACUGUUGAAAAUGGGGAUCCCAGAACCAUUACAAGUCAAGAAAGUAAGAAAAAACCAAACUGAUUUCAUGCUGUGGAAUGUGACAAGCACUGAGAGUGGGAACUACAGCUGCGUCUACUACCAGUGUAACUCGCCACACCUGGGCUCUUUCCCCAGCAACGUCCUGGAGAUCUGGGUGACAGAUAAACAUGAUGAACUUGGGGCGCCCUCAAGAAAAAUAGACACCAGAGUCAUGUUCGUCACCGUCUUCAGCUGCCUCUCCAUCUUGCUGCUCUUCCUCUGCGUCUUCCUGAUCUACAGAUUCACGCAGCACGGUUCAUCCCAGGAAGAAGCCAGCCAGAGAACCAGCCGCUCUGAACUUCCCAAGCAGGAGGGUGCAGACUCCCCCGAGCUGGAAAGGCUGCCAGUGCUGCCCGAAGCUCCCCAGGGAGUGACACGCGCCCAGCUCCACGCCAGCGCACCACCGGAAGAGCCCCUGGGACCGCGCUAAGUGCGACACUGGAAGUGCAGGAAGAAGAGAGAAAUCCAACUUCUUACGGAUUAUCCACGCCCAGGAACCUCGCCGCACGGUCUCUACCUCACAUUUCUCCUAGAAGCUCAGAGAAGUAGCCAACAGUUACCAAAAGCCACCGGGCAAAUAGCUAUUGGUCACCUCCAGGAAGUACCAGCGAAAAGAAAAGGCUUAAAGUGACUGCGUUCAGUUCGAUGACUUUUACCAAAAGGCUGGACACAGUGCAAUUUACACAUGGGCGUUAGCAGAGGCCAUGCCGCCGCAGAGGUAACGAGGCACAUGGAAAACGUCAACGCUUAGCCACAGUCCAGCGGCCCUUGAGUGGAAGCCGAGCGCGUUCCACUGUGAAGAGAGAGAGACGAGCUUCGAGUCUGCAGCAAACGCGUCGAUCAUUUCUGAAGAGUGUCUGAAAGGAGCAGUGUGGGCGCGGAGGGGAGGGGCCGCGAUCCGCUCCCUGACUCAGGACGCGAACCACUCAGAGUCCGUGAGAAGAGAGAACUCCGCCCGUCUCCUUCGGGACGUAUCCCACGUACUCAUAACAGUGCUUCCCAUGCAGUGAGUUCAAUAAAUAAUUGCCGAAUACAUUUUUUAAAAUUAAAUUUCUCUCUUUUUUGCCUGGUGGUCGAGAAACACGCUGGGCGCUCGCCCCAAAUUCUGGCGGGAUGGAGAAACAGAGGAGAGGGGAUUGCCGGUGAACGUGACCCAUUGGGGGUAACCUCGCUCUCUCUUCUCCAUCUCUCUCUGUCUCUGUCUCUCUCCGGCAAGUGUGCAUGCCUUCUGGCGAUUGCAAAAGGGCGGCUGGGCGAAGGGUGUGAUGACCAAUGACAGCCAAUGCGCAGGGGUUUCUCUUUGGGUGAAGAAAGGUGGAAUUCGAUGAUGGUGAUGGUUUUACAGUUUUGUGAAUGUACUAAAAAGCGCUGGAUUGUACAUUCUAGAAGGUGGAUUUUAUGGUAUGUGAAUUACAUCUCAAUAAAUUACUUUUUAUAGGUU